CAUGUGCCUGUGUACAUGCGUCCGAUUCUCGACAGGCGAAGAGCUCGGGCGUUUCCAGGAUCGGGCCUUGGGCCGCGCCGUGAACUUGGCCAUGGGUCGGCACUCGGCACAGCAACUACUUCGUGCAGCGCGUGCUCGACCGCGGCAGCAAUCAGUUCAGGCAGGACCUGGUCCACGAGCUAAUGGGGGACGCCGCUGGCCUGUCUCGCCACCCGUGUGGGAACUACGUCGUGCAGCACUGCUUCCUGAACCAGGAGUCCCGCGAGCCACAGUCCGAUCUGCUGCCCAUCGUGCUCAGGGCUUUUGCUGACCUGCCCCAAGAACACCUCGAGGAUCUGGUGCAGCACGCACCUGGCAAGUUGGUCCUCCACAGGCUGCUAGAGACAGGCAUGACUGUAACUCUCUUCCUGGACUUGACACGGGACCUGCCGCAGAGGAUCAACUCGUUGGACGUGCAGGUCUUGGGACGCCCUCGCUCGGAGAUGGUGAUGGUGCUCGUCAUGAAGAUCCUUUCCAUGGUCUAG